GAUUAUAAUAUUAAUUACCUAUCCCUCGCUCUCCGCCACUCCUCUCUUAUGUAUAAGAGGUAGCGCCUCGGCCAUUAUCGAUCAUACCUUCGAGCUUCAAAUUCUGGAUUGAUACCUUCCUUCCUUCCUUCCUUCCUUCAUUCCCUACUUAUAAGCAGGAAUGGUAGUUCCUUCUCCAAUUACUCCAGCACGAACCAAAAAAACGAAGGCCUUUGGAAUUCCUACUGUUGAUCUCUCUCUUGAUAGGUCAAACGUAUCGAAACUGAUCGUAAGAGCAUGUGAAGAAUAUGGAUUCUUCAAAGUUACAAAUCAUGGGGUCAGUAACGGGGUCAUAACCAGAAUGGAGGAGGAAGCUGCUCAUUUUUUCUCAAAACCAGCCACGGAAAAGCACCGAGCUGGACCUGCUAGUCCUUUUGGCUAUGGCUGCAAAAAUAUUGGCUGCAAUGGUGACAUGGGCGAGCUUGAAUAUCUUCUCCUCCACACCAAUCCUCUCUCCGUCUUUGAAAGAUCCAAAACCAUCUCAAAUGACCCUUCAGAAUUCAGCUGCGUGGUGAAUGAUUACAUACAAGCGGUUAAGCAACUCGCAUGUGAGAUUCUUGAUCUAGCGGCUGAGGGCUUGUGGGUCCCGGACAAAUGUGCCUUCAGCAGGCUCAUCAGAGAUGUCCACAGCGAUUCUGUUCUUAGACUUAAUCACUACCCUGCAUUCCAAGACAUCACGGACUGGGACCCAUCACCUAAAACAAUUGGUUUUGGCGAGCACUCCGACCCUCAAAUCUUGACCAUCUUGCGAUCCAACGACGUUGGGGGCCUCCAAAUUUAUUUGCGUGAUGGCUUGUGGGUCCCCGUUCCUCCUGACCCCACCGGAUUCUAUGUGAUCGUGGGGGAUGCCUUCCAGGUUUUAACGAAUGGGAGGUUUGAAAGCGUUAGACACAGGGUGCUGGCGAGCUCGGGGAAGCCAAGAAUGUCGAUGAUGUAUUUUGGGGCGCCACCCCUCAACGCAUGGAUCUCUCCGCCUCCACAGCUGGUCUUGCCACAAAAUCCAAGCCUCUACAAACCCUUCACUUGGAGUGAAUUCAAGAAAGCUGCGUAUUCUCUGCGAUUGAGAGAUACGCGUCUUGACCUCUUCAAGAUCCAUGCCACAGAAAAAAUCGCUUCUUGAUUUAAUUUACAAGAUUUAUAUUAAAUGUAAUUGGCCUUCCGUAUACAAAGGUUCCUUUCAUUAUUGUACUUGUUGGAGGGGAUAGAAAGCAUUAAGAGACAAAGAAAAGAUAAAAAAGAAGAAGAAGAAGAAGAAGCUUUUGCUGCUGUAAAUAGGUCCGACCGGGAGUUGAAGGAUUAUUCUAUAUAUCUGGAAAGGCAGA